AUGAGGGUUCUCCCUCUACUGCUACCCCUUCUAAUCAUUCCGGUCAUCUUAGCCGUGUCCAUUACGGAUCUUCCGGAGCUUGUAGUCGUCACUGUGGCCACUGAAAAUACAGAUGGACUUAAACGACUGCUAGAAUCUGCCAAGGCAUUUGAUAUCAAUAUUGAAGUGUUGGGUCUUGGAGAGAAAUGGAAUGGUGGUGAUACGAGAGUUGAGAAGGGAGGUGGUCAAAAAAUCCGGAUCCUCUCGAAAUGGAUCGAAAAAUACAAGGAUGCCUCAGAUACCAUUAUCAUGUUUGUGGAUGCCUAUGACGUUGUCUUCAAUGCGGACUCCAAAAACAUCCUUCAGAAAUUCCUAGAGCACUACCCAGGAAAGCAAUUGCUCUUCGGAGCCGAACCAUUCUGCUGGCCAGAUCAAACCCUUGCUCCGGAUUAUCCAAUAGUUGAAUUCGGAAAGCGAUUCUUAAAUUCCGGGUUAUUCAUGGGUUAUGGACCACAGGUUCAUAAGAUUCUUACAUUGAAAUCAGUGGAAGAUAAGGAUGAUGAUCAACUGUACUACACGAUGAUUUAUCUAGAUGAGAAGUUGAGAAAGGAGUUGAAUAUGGACCUGGAUUCCAUGUCAAAAAUAUUUCAAAACCUCAACGGAGUCAUAGAAGACGUGGAGCUCCAAUUCAAAGAAGAUGGUACUCCAGAAGCCUAUAACGCCGCGUACAACACAAAACCAUUGAUCGUUCAUGGAAACGGACCAAGUAAAUCUCAUUUGAAUUAUCUUGGAAACUAUUUGGGAAAUCGCUGGAACUCUCAAUUGGGAUGUCGUACUUGUGAUCAAGAAGGAGCCAAGGAGCAGACCGAAUUUCCAUUGAUUGGAUUGAAUUUAUUCAUCUCAAAACCAGUUCCAUUCAUCGAAGAGGUUCUUCAGAAAGUUUCGGAAUUCGACUAUCCAAAAAAUCGGAUCGCUUUGUACAUCUAUAACAAUCAGCCAUUCUCGAUCAAGAACAUUCAGGAUUUCUUGAAGGAUCAUGGAAAAUCGUACUACACGAAACGAAUCAUCAACGGAGUUACAGAGAUUGGAGAACGGCAAGCAAGAAAUGAAGCUAUCGAUUGGUGCAAACAACGAGACACGGAAUUUGCCUUCUUCAUGGACGGAGAUGCCUAUUUCACUGAGCCAACAGUCAUCAAGGACCUUAUUCAUUAUUCGAAGAGUUAUGAUGUUGGAAUAAUAUCCCCAAUGGUUGGCCAACCCGGAAAACUGUUCACCAACUUCUGGGGAGCAAUCGCUGCCAACGGAUAUUACGCCAGAAGUGAAGACUAUAUGGCAAUUGUAAAAGGCAAUCGUGUGGGCUACUGGAAUGUUCCAUUCGUCACAUCCGCUCUUUUGAUGUCCAAAGAAAAGUUGGGAGCCAUGAGCGGAGCUUACACCUAUAACAAAAACCUGGACCCCGAUAUGUCCCUAUGCCAGUUUGCCCGGGAUAAUGGUCAUUUUAUGUACAUUAACAAUGAGAAAUAUUUUGGAUAUUUGAUUGUUAGUGACGAGUUUUCGGAAACUGUUACUGAAGGAAAAUGGCAUCCAGAGAUGUGGCAGAUAUUCGAAAAUCGGGAACUUUGGGAAGCCAGAUACAUCCAUCCGGGGUAUCAUAAAAUUAUGGAACCAGAUCAUAUCAUUGAUCAGGCGUGUCCAGAUGUCUAUGAUUAUCCAUUGAUGUCUGAACGAUUCUGUGAGGAGCUGAUUGAGGAAAUGGAAGGAUUUGGGAGAUGGAGUGAUGGCUCUAAUAAUGACAAACGACUAGCAGGAGGUUAUGAAAACGUCCCAACCAGAGAUAUCCAUAUGAAUCAGGUUGGAUUCGAAAGACAAUGGUUGUACUUUCUGGACACUUAUGUACGACCGGUGCAGGAGAAAACCUUUAUUGGAUAUUACCAUCAGCCAGUGGAGUCCAAUAUGAUGUUCGUAGUCCGCUAUAAGCCGGAAGAGCAAGCCUCACUGCGCCCACACCACGAUGCCAGCACUUUCAGCAUUGAUAUUGCUCUGAACAAGAAGGGAAGGGAUUAUGAGGGUGGAGGAGUGCGCUAUGUCCGCUAUAAUUGCACAGUUGAGGCUGAUGAAGUCGGCUACGCUAUGAUGUUCCCCGGAAGAUUGACCCAUCUUCACGAAGGUCUCGCCACGACAAAGGGUACCAGAUAUAUUAUGGUGUCGUUUAUCAAUCCAUAA